UGAGAGCGUAGAUGUCAUGAGAAAAGCGACCGCACGACCACAGCUCAACGAACGACUCACCGUCCGACUUCAGCCCGCCUCCCUGCGCCCCAGUCUGGGAUGCUUUUAGCGCAGAGACUCCUCCACUCAGGGCAGCCCGUGGACAUCGACGCAGAUCACCAACAAUCUUUCCGUUGUUGUUGUUAUUUUUAACCGAGGAUCUCCCCCCCCGCAUACUCCCCUACCCUAUUAUUUUUUAAGUGUUUAUGUUUGUUUCUUCAUGACUGUCCUGAUUUGGGAAGCGAGCCUCAGCACCAGCUCCAGCAAAUCCAACACCAUGCGAGCCCAAAUCGAGGUCAUACCUUGCAAAAUCUGCGGAGACAAAUCAUCAGGUAUCCACUACGGAGUCAUUACGUGUGAGGGAUGUAAGGGUUUCUUCAGAAGGAGUCAGCAGAACAAUGCUGCCUACUCCUGCCCCCGCCAGAGGAACUGCCUCAUCGACAGAACAAACCGCAACCGCUGCCAACACUGUCGCCUGCAGAAAUGUCUCGCCCUAGGAAUGUCCAGAGAUGCGGUAAAGUUUGGCCGCAUGUCCAAGAAGCAGCGUGACAGCCUAUAUGCAGAGGUGCAGAAGCACCAGGCGCGAAUUGCGGAGCAGCGGCAGCAGCAGACAGGCGAGGCAGAAGCCCUCGCACGAGUUUACUCAUCCAGCCUAACCAACGGACUGUCCACCCUUAACCAUGAGAUUGGAGGCACCUAUGCCAAUGGUCAUGUCAUUGAGCUGCCCAAGGGUGGCCAUGUUAACGGAGCCGUAGUCCCAGGGGGAUACUAUGGGAUGGAUUCCACCCAGCCGUCCCCGGAUCAGUCAGGUCUGGACAUGUCGGGUAUGAAGCACAUUAAGCAGGAGCCGGUGUAUGACCUGACGCCGGUGCCCAACCUGUUCAGCUAUGGAGGCUACCAGGACAGCCAGCUGGGACCCAACAAUGUCAGCAUGGGAGAGCUGGACCGUAUUGCUCAGAAUAUCAUCAAGUCUCACCUGGAGACGUGUCAGUACACAACGGAGGAGCUGCAGCAGCUAGCCUGGCAGACGCACUCCUACGAAGAAGUCAAAAUGUACCAGAGCAAGCCCCGGGACGUGCUGUGGCAGCAGUGUGCCAUCCAGAUCACCCAUGCCAUACAGUACGUGGUGGAGUUUGCAAAGCGCAUCUCAGGGUUCAUGGAGCUGUGCCAGAACGACCAGAUCCUCCUGCUCAAGUCUGGUUGUUUGGAGGUAGUUUUGGUGCGGAUGUGCAGGGCAUUCAACCCUCUCAACAACACUGUGCUCUUUGAAGGGAAGUACGGCGGCAUGCAGAUGUUCAAAGCUCUAGGUUGCGAUGACUUAGUGAGUGCCGUGUUUGACUUUGCCAAGAGUUUGUGUUCACUGCAGCUGACAGAGGAGGAGAUCGCUCUGUUCUCGGCAGCUGUACUCAUUUCCACAGAUCGGCCUUGGUUAAUGGAGCCUCGGAAAGUCCAGAAGCUCCAGGAGAAGAUCUACUUUGCUCUGCAGCACAUUAUGCAGAAGAACCACAUGGACGAAGAUGCACUGGCAAAGCUGAUCAGCCGAAUUCCAACGUUGUCAGCCCUGUGCACGCUCCACACCGAGGAGCUCCAGGCCUUCCAGCAGCUCCACCCAGAAACAGUCAACGUCCUCUUCCCUCCGCUCUACAAAGAACUGUUCAACCCUGACCCCAACUCUGGGGUCAUGGCCAUACCCAAGUGACUGCCUGUGGUCCCAACGCAACAAACGGCAUCAGCGGAGGACCAAGAAAAUGAAAAGACAGCCACGUCUGACGAGACGACAGCAGCCAUGUCGACUAUGUCCUCAUCGUGGCAAUCACAUAUUCCUGAGCUCCCCGAGCUUCAUUAUGAGCAAGGGGGUGAGGAGCCAUCUGCCAGGAACUCACAGUUACCGCCAACAAUACUAGGAAUGUCCAGCACUUAUUCCAUUCUGUUCACCGAUACAGUCUGAAGAAUGUAUAUAUAAAUGAAACGCGCCCGAGCCACAAUUUAAGUGGGGCUUGCUCCCGUCUCCUGAACUGAACUGAACUGACUGACCAGAAAUGUACAGACUUUAAAACAUCUAGGAACAAUGUUAAGCUGUCAAUCUUUUUAAAAAAAUAGGUAAGUUAAUUUGUUUUACCUUUGAACAAAAUCCUAUUGGUUUGUUCUUUUAUUUUCGAGUGAAGAAAUUGUGACGCUGGACGGGGGAGGGAACUGUGGAUUUAGAGAAGCUAUUGUAGAUAUUCUUCUAGUGCAGAGCGGAUUCCAGUAUUACUUCUUGUUCUGUUAAAAUAAGUUAGUCCUAAUUUAACUAUACAGCAGCCCACUGUGGCUGACUAUACCUUGUCUAUGUGUUUUUAUUUUAUUUGAUAGUUUCUUGUGUACAGAAUUUGUAAAGUUGAGACAUGUAAAAGAAUAUUGAGUAAAACCGGGAGACGAUUCGGGUUUUGUUGAUAUAUAGAAGCCUUGUCUGGAUUUUGUUCAUAUGUAAAGAAGGUACUGCAUCCUUCUGAUGAGAACUUAUAGAAAUAUAAAGAGAGCAUAUGAAGGAUUUAAAAAGAAAAUAAUGCCUAUUACUUUUCAAGGUGAAGAUAUAUACAUAAAUAUUCUAUUUUGCAAGAAAAAAUAAUCUGGCAGUUCUGCCAUCCUAUCAAUCAUUUUCUUCUCGCUGCAAUAAUAAAGUCCAAUAAAAGAUGGACUGCUUUCGAACAAUCAAACAGAAAAAAACAAUCAGAAACUAGGACCUCACAAUCAACCCCACCCCUUCCCAAAUUCCCUUCACCCUGCCCCUUAUUUCUUAUGUAUUGCAUCCUUGACAUGAGAUUUCAGCCGACAGAAUAGUCUAGAAAUCACAAUGAAGAAGUGGAUAAAAGUUCCACCAAAAACACUAAAGACAAGCUUGAAUUCAACUUUCCAAUGUGAAAAAAAACAACCUGUAUGAGUGCUGUAUGCCCUCCCAUCACUAUUUGCACAAAUCAGUCCGUGGAUGUCAAUCACUCCGGGCUGAGAAUAUGAAGGACCCUUUUUUCUCUAAAGAGCAAUAAUAACUUUCCACUGCCUUUCCGAUCUUUCCUUUUCCUUCUCUUCCUAUGUCCAGCUGUUCAAAACAGGAUAGCAGUUUUAAAUAGAUUGCACUAUAUUUGAUCAUUUAUUAUGUCUAACAAUCAUCUCUAUUGAUGUUACUCAUUUCACCGCAGCAUCUGCAGUGUUUUUAACGUGACGUAACAGGAUCUGGGGUUAGUACACAACGCAGAGCACUGAAAAAAGAAACUUGUGAAGUUAUGAAGAUUAGCCUCCGAUGAUCUUUAACACUUUAAAUGCUGCAAUAUUACAUUGACCAGUUACACAGACGGAUGUGAAAGACAAUCACUUGUUCUGCUUUUCAUUUAGUCAUUUCAUAAUUAUUAGCACUUACAGGUUUUUCUAUACUAAUGUUAGGUUGAAUGUGAUUUGGCCACUGUGUAAAAUCUGGGUAUAAAUCACUGUCUUUUUGCAUUUCUCUAUACGCUUACUUUUGUAUACAGAUCUUUGAUGCGCUACGGAAAAUCCCCUAUUACAAUCUCCACUUAAAAAUAGCUAUUCACCAAAAUAAGUGACCCGUUAAAAAAUAAGUGCACAGCAUUAAUCAGCUGAUUGUGCUUUUACAGACUGUUAUCAAUUUACUUGUUUGACAUAAUGAUAAUUUUGCAAAGAGGAUUUUCUAAUUCUAAGACAGCACUUAGAUUUUUAACUUAACUUCAAUAAUAAUGAUUAGUGGACAAUGAUCUAUUGUUGUCCGUGCACUAAAAGUGGAGAUAUGAUUUGUCUGUAGUUGCAAAUAAACAGUGGCCAAAUCCUCAAUGUGCUCUAAGCAUGGACACAAUCAGACUAAUUAUCCUUUCAUUAACAUUACCGUGUGCAUCCUUUAAUCUCCACAUAGUCAACAUAACGAUGUGGACAUCCUUCCUCCGACCCCUGACCCGACCCCAGAUCAGAGGCCAGUGACUCUUAAGACAAUCACUUGCUCAUUAAGGCUCGAUGCACUACAGCAUCUCUCAGGGAGCAGCUCUUUUUCUGACUUUGCAUUAAAAGAGGGUUUAAUAUUUUUGCAAAUUUACAAAAAAAAAUGUAAUUAUAAAAUAAAUGUUUUUAGGAAAAGAAAUGGCAUACUCUGCCAAAGUAUGCUGGCAAAGGAAUCUGCCCAGACAAGGCUUUGAUAAGUGUGUGUCUGUGUGUAUGUGUGUAUAGAGCAUGAAUUCACUGUCCAAAUCUCUUUAGAGCCCAGACUAUAUGACAAGCAUUGUUACGUAGCACACGAAGAAUAACAAAAGAUAAUGUUUACUGCUUAUUUUGCUGCUUUUGGGACAUUGAGGGAAGUCCACUGGUAAGCUGUGAAUCAAGCGCCAUCACAACACCCCCGGGGACAGUGAAUUCCAACUCUGAUGAUGAAGUUUAUUGUGUAUGAUGCUUUUAUUUUCCCUUGUUAAGACUGUGAAUCAGAGGGGUGGGAUAGGGUUAUGAGAGGGGAAGUGCUGGCAAGAAAGAGUGGCAACGCAACACUGUAAGUAAGAAACUGUAGCAAUAAGAACUGGAGGCAUUUACUACUGUCAUGUUUGCAUUGUAAGAUUAUUUUUUAUUUUAUUACUAUUUACUAUUAUCAUUGUUCUUAUUAUGACUACUAUUCUUCUAUUACUAUUAGCCUAUUGUUGUUCUGUUCUAUUUGCAUGACGUUUCACUGCAAUGAAACAUUUGGGGCUUAUUUGUGUUUUCUCUUCUCAUGAUAUUGUUAGUUCCUUGGGAGGGGGUUUUCGGAAAGGUGGGCGCAGGGCAAAUUCAGUCAGUUCAAAGCAAAUUCCUUUCACAAGCUGGAAGAUUUUUUUCUAAAUGAAAUGCUCCUAUUUAUACACGACCAAUUUAAACUUUGUUGUUUCGAUUUCAAAUGUUGUUUUUUUUUCUCAACCUCUGAAUGUGUGAGUUAACCAGUGAAUGGCCCUUUCUGAACU